UCUUGUUUUAAAGAGACUUCUUUCCUCUGAAACAGUGGUUGGAGGCUCCUGAAAACCGGCUUCCCGGGGUGUUCUUUUCUCCGGAUUCUGGUAGGGGAAACUACCCUCAGCCGCAUGGUCCAAACCACUUGAAGCAGUUGGCAAUCAAGGAAAAUUUAAGCCGAAUUCGUUUCUUAUAUAGAAAAUUGUUGUGUUAUAUAGUAUACUAUUUCCCUGUAAGGAAAAUCAAGCAAAGUUGCACGUUAAGGUUGAGGAUUUGCCAAUGGGGAUGGAAGACUUGAAGCACGAUGUUGAAGAAGGGAAAGCAUUUGUCCGCAUAGAGAUGAAGGAUAAACGAUGUGGUAAGGUGGAGUACUUUAAGUCUUCCAUUGGUGAUAUCAGCCCUGAAAAGUUGAAGAAUUUGGUUACUGGACUGGUCAGACUGGAUAAACUGAAGAGUAUGAUGAUUCCCAAGUCUCCUGGAUUUGAACAAGUAAAGUUAUUGACGCUUGGAAUCACAGCCAUGAUGCUUUUUCUGUGGGUUUUCGCAUUGCAAUUGGCACUAUUGGGACAGACUAUUGGCCCAAAGGCAUUCAAGCUUGAACCGCCACCUUAUUUCCCAUCCCCGAGGGUUUACAAGAAUGAAGGUUACUUGAUGGCUUCAUCCAAUGGCGGAUUGAAUCAAAUGAGAGCCGGUAUUUGUGAUAUGGUUGCUAUAGCUAGAUUUCUGAAUCUCACGCUUGUAGUUCCUGACUUGGAUAAAACUUCAUUUUGGCACGAUAGCAGCCAGUUCAAAGACAUAUGGGAUGUGGAUUACUUCAUCAAAUCUCUGAGUGAUGAGGUUCGGAUAAUUAAGCAGCUGCCUCCUAGGCUGAGGAAAAAAGUUCAGAGAUAUGCACUCUAUUCCAUGCCACCCGUUAGCUGGUCUAACAUGUCCUAUUACUACAACACGGUUCUUCCUCGUUUCCAAAAAUAUGAAGUGGUUCGUUUCACAAAAACUGAUACUAGACUAGGGAAUAAUCUUCCUGUUGAGGUUCAGAAAAUGCGUUGUACGGUAAACUAUAAGGCUCUAAGAUUCACUCCUGCAAUUGAAGAGGUGGGGAAGAAGAUUAUUAGGAUUCUGAGGGACAAAGGUCCUUUCUUAGUUCUCCAUCUCAGAUAUGAAAUGGACAUGUUAUCUUUUUCUGGUUGUACUGAAGGUUGCAAUGAGACGGAGGUGGAAGAGCUUACAAGAAUGAGAUAUGCUAUCCCUUGGUGGAAGGAAAAGGAAAUCGAUCCGAAGAGUAAAAGAGAAGCCGGCCUCUGCCCAUUGACCCCAGAGGAGACAGCAAUUGCGCUUAGAGCAUUUGGUAUAAAUCCUAACAUCCAAAUAUAUAUUGCUGCAGGAGAUAUAUAUGGCGGAGAGAGGAGACUGGCAAGUCUUAGAGCAUUCUAUCCGAAUCUAGUGAAGAAGGAAACAUUACUACCCCCUUCAGACCUCAAGCCAUUCCAGAACUAUUCAAAUCAGAUGGCGGCUUUGGAUUAUCUUGUUUCCAUAGAUAGUGACAUAUUCCUGCCGACCUAUGGAGGCAAUAUGGCAAAACUUGUGGAAGGCCAUCGAAGAUUCCUGGGGUACAAGAGGACAAUUAGUCUAGACAGAUUGGUCCUGAUCAGUUUGAUAGACCAAUACAAGAAUGGAACGUUGAGCUGGAGCGAAUUCUCCCAGUCAGUGAAGGCAGCUCAUGCAAAUCGAAUGGGGAACCCAUCUCAAAGAUUGCAGUUUCCGGGCAAACCCAAACAGGAGGAUUACUUCUAUACAAACCCACAGGAAUGUCUGCCGCCGCUUGCUGUAACAACGAACGACAGAAACAAUGUUGAAGACAGGGGACAAUUAUCAUAGCCCCAGCAAUUCCCUAGUGACUGCUAUUUCUGUGUUGAAAACGGGGCGGCUGACUGUAAAACUUCCUGGAUUGAAAAGAGAUAUUAAUUUGUUC